CCCACUCCCAGUCGUUCGACAGACACAGUGCCAGAAUGAACGCAACCCGCUUCCUCGUGCUACUUGCUGUGGGGCUCACAGUUGUCGCUGCCGACAUAACGCUGGUAACGCGAUCCGAAUGGAAUGCCCGCCCUGCCAGCGGGGAUAUGGACAGCAUGGAGACGCCUCUGGCCCGUGCCGUGAUUGCACACACGGGCGGCGGUGGCUGCAGCGAUGAUCAGAGCUGUGCGAAUCUGGUGCGCAAUCUGCAGCAGUACCAGAUGACGCGGCAGAAGUUCUCGGACAUUGGAUACCAUUACUUGAUAGGGGGUAAUGGACGCGUCUACGAGGGUCGAAGCACCAGCCUGCGGGGAGCAUUUGCUGGCGCCAACAAUGAGGGUUCCCUCGGCAUUGCGUUCAUGGGAAACUUUGAUCAGCAGCCGCCAAGCGAUGCUGCACUGGCGGCUGGACAGUCGCUCCUAGAGCAGGCUGUGGGGCAGGGCCAGCUGGUGGAUAGCUAUCAGCUGCUGGGCCAUCGCCAGGUGAGCGCCACAAAGAGUCCCGGGGAUGCGCUGUACGCCCUCGUGCAGCAGUGGCCGCACUGGAGCGAUAACUGAAAGGGAGAAGCAAAGCGGGAUUGGGUUGGGGCUCAGAUUUAGACACGUAAAGACCAUUCCUUACACAUUUAUUGUAAAUAUAAUUAUGUAUAAUUUGUUGCUUGCUUAAAUACGAA